CCGCGCUUCGGAACCACCCCGCUGGCCAUGCUGGCGGCGACCUGCAACAAGAUCGGCAACACGAGCCCGCUGAGCACGCUGCCCGAGUCCAGCGCCUUCGCCAAGGGCGGCUUCCACCCCUGGAAGCGCUCGUCGUCCAGCUGCAACCUCGGCUCGGGCCUGUCGGGCUUCGCCGUGGCCACGGGCGGCCGCGGCUCGGGCGGCCUGGCGGGCGGCUCGGGCGCCGCCAACAGCGCCUUCUGCCUGGCGUCCACGUCGCCCACGUCGUCGGCCUUCAGCAGCGACUACGGCGGCCUCUUCUCCAACUCGGCGGCGGCGGCGGCGGCGGCGGCGGCCGGCGUGUCCCCGCAGGAGGCGGGCGGCCAGUCGGCCUUCCUCUCCAAGGUGCACACGACGGCGGCCGACGGGCUGUACCCGCGCGUGGGCAUGGCGCACCCCUACGAGUCGUGGUACAAGUCCGGCUUCCACUCGACGCUGGCGGCCGGCGAGGUGGCCAACGGCGCGGCGUCGCCCUGGUGGGACGUGCACGGCAGCCCCGGCUCGUGGCUCGACGUGCCCAACGCCGGCGGCGGGCUGCAGGGCUCGCUGCACUCGGGCGCCCCCCAGGCCUCGCUGCACUCGCAGCUGGGCACCUACAACCCCGACUUCGGCUCGCUCACGCACUCGGCCUUCAGCUCCACGGGGCUCGGCUCGCCCGCCGCCGCCGCCUCGCACCUGCUCUCCACCG